GUGCUAUUGAUUGGUAUUCUUUCAUUUAAUCUUCCUGCAGGUCUGAGAGUGCUUUGAAAUACAGAUGGUUUUUCAUGUUUUUGAUCCACAUUGGCUUCUGCAUCUUUGCUGCGGGUGCUCCCCCUAUAAUGUUCAAAGGAAAAUCUCUCAUUGGCAUUCUGGCUGCAAUUGAUAUUCGAAGUGAUCAUGCUUUGGUUAGGUUGUUCUACUGUAUCGGAUUCGGCAUGUUCUGUCUUGAAUCAGUGCUUAGCAUCUGGAUUAUUCAGCAAGUAUACAUGUACGUCCCGGGAAGUGGUAAAGCUGCUCAAAUGAAGCGUAAGGGAGCAUGACAAGUUGGUGAGGGCAGCAGACAAGUUGGUGAGCGCAGCAGUAUAAGGCAAAGAAACAUGUAUUCAGAAGAAAAAAUAUGGUGACUCUGUAUUGAUCUAGAUUGUAUAGGCCCUUAGCUACAGGAUUUGCGGAUACAGAUGUUUUGCUCGAGCCUUUACUUAUUGAUUUUACAUAUUACACAAGAGAUCUCAUUGCACAA